AGUUGGUUAGCGAUUGUAAUCCACGCCAGACUGAUUUAGUCGUUAGCGGUAAAUUGUUUUUCCAUCUUAUCUGAAUAGUUUCUCUUUGCAAUGUUAAUUUCUUUAGUCUUUUUGGUUUCUAGCUCGAGCAUACAGGGCUCUAUCCCCACUUCGAUAGGCGUCCUCUGUAGUCUGGCGAAGUUGCUAAAGUUUGGCAGUGAACCACGGCUUGUUGUUGUUUAACAUGCGUAAUGUCUUUGUUGGCACACACACAUCUUCACAGAAACUGAUAUAGGAUGUGACAGUCUGUAUUUUCAUCUAGGCUGCCAGUUGAAGUUUCAAAGACAUUCAUUGAUUGCUUCAUUGGUCCACUUCUUCACUGUUUUCACCACAGGCUUCGCACAUUUAAGUUUUUGCCUGUAUGUUGGUAUUAAGUGAGUUAAGCAGUUAUCAGACGAACCCAGAGUUGCACGGGGAUAGUAUGGUUUGCGUCAUUUACCGUGGUAUAACAGUGGUCGAGAGUGUUAUUUUCCCUUGUAGGACAGUCGAUGCGCUACUUGUAUUAAGGAGUUAGUGGUUGAGUUUAGCUUUGUUAAUGUCCCCAAGAAUAAUGAGCGGUGAAUCUGGGUGGUUUUUUUUUUCAAGUUCGUUUACUUGUUCAGUGAGUGUUAGCAGUGUGGCGUUCGUAAUAGCCUGGGGAGGAAUGUAGACACCGGCGAGUAUGAAUGAUGCGAACUCACGAGGCGAGUAGAAUGGCUUACAUUUCAAAAACAGCGACUCUAAAUGUGGGUUGCAGAUAAUUCCAAUUAUUCUGGCAAAAUAGUUACUUCACUGUACAGACGGUCUUCAGUUUACAAAGCAGUUUCGGAACUGUGACACGGUCGUAACUUGAUGUGUAAGUCUCUAUCACUAAACUAUGCGAAUGCACUACUUGAGUCUAGGGGUGUCCUGAUCUGAUCUUUGAGAUCAGAAAUUGGUCCAAUGUCAGCAGAAAAACAAGGAUCGGACAGAAUCUAAAAUCUCUGAUUUUACCACUCUUAAACAAGCAGUCGGAUGGCAUGCAGAGCCCACGUGGUCACAACAACAGGUUUUGUUAAGAUGCUAACAUAGCAGCGAGGCGUAAGAGUUGAUUUUGCUUGUUUAACUCAUUUAUUGUCGAACAAGUAUUAAUACGUAGUUUCGAACCCAUCUAUUGAGUAACGAAAACAUAUUAAUACAUAGUUUGCGUUUUUUCAUGGGAAGUCGAAGAGGAGGCUCUAACCACAGCUCCACAGGGAAGCGAGAACUUUGGAAGAAUUUUACUCAGGCAAAACCACCAGCAGAGGGCAGUGAUGCACCAUUUUAGAUUUGGCAAACAGCCCUCAAGAGCCUGAAAGGUACUGUUUGCCGGCUAAAAAAUAGCGGCACAGACAGGCUAGAAGUCGGACGUGCUGAAUUAUUUUUACACUCAAAGAGACAAAGUAUAUGUACAGUAUUUGCAGAAUAUGUAUUGUGGUAGUUAGCACAAUUGUAUGUUUGUGUCAGAAAUGUGUUAUAACUGAGAUCUUGUAUGAGGAUCACGGUCGCCAUGUCAACAGCCAGGAAACAACACGUCAUGACUGACAUGAUUUCCGGAAGUGUGUUGGACCAGGCUCUGGAAAGCCUCUUACAUCGCCUGCGAGGCUUGUGCGACAACAUGGAACCCGCCACCUUUACAGACCAUGAGCUGGUAUACCUGCUGAAAGGCCAACAAGGUAACCCUUUCAUCUUGCGUGCCCGCCGCUCGCUCUCGCAGCCCACAGCCCCGUGGCACCUGCGCUACCUGGGCCAGCCGGAGGUGGGGGACAAGAGCCGCCAUGCCCUGGUGCGCAACUGCGUGGAUGUGGCCGCCUCGCACAGCUUACCCGAGUUCCUCAACGAGAUGGGCUUUCGCAUGGACCACGAGUUCGUGGCCAACGGGCACAUUUUCCGAAAAGGCGCCAUGAAAGUGGUGGUCAGCAAGCUGUCGCGAAUCCUGGUCCCGGGCAACACGGACAACACGGAGCGUCUGUCGCUGUCUUACUUGGUGGAGCUGAGCGUGUUGGCGCCUGCCGGCCAGGACACCGUGUCUGAAGACAUGCGCAGUUUUGCUGAGCAGCUCAAACCUCUGGUUCACCUGGAGAAGAUUGACCCCAGCAAACAGAGACAUUGAACAACCCCCCUUCUCCCAUGGACGUGAAUAUUGACCCGAGCAAACAGAGACAUUGAAGGACCCCUCCAGUACUCAGGGAGAUGUUAGAGCUCUUGUUUAUUUUUACACAGUAUCGCCAUGUUACGUGAAAUGAAAUACAGCUCAGCUUUGACUUAAACGCUUCUUGUCUUUUUGCUUUAUUUAGGGAGCUUUCAUCCACUUACUUCAAAUGAUGGAUGUUUUGCUGCAAUUUUACUGAAGUGGCUUUGCUCACAAAUACAAUCCGUCAUCUUGUGCACACGUGUAAUGUAGCACUCAUAUAGGAGAACUUUCUAACAAUUUAUCGAUGGCAGUUUGUAGUUCUCUCAAAGGUAGUUUUUUUCCCAACCUUGAUUGAGCCAUCAUACUCAUUUUGAAUAAUAAAACAUUCACGGCACACCACCACACAAAAAUACUAAAAUAAUGUUGCCCUUGUCUAAAUUUACGCCCAAAUGCACUUACUCAGUGUGAUAUGUGGGUCUGUUUGAUUGAACACAAAGCUAAUAUACCAAACUUGCAGGAAGCCAUGAUUGAUUCUGUUUUAUGAAUGGCAACAGGUGGAUAGAUACACAAGUUUAUUGUACCUUCUGCCAUCUAAUGGCAUUUUACUGUCCUGCAUGUCACUAUGUAUUGCUGGCAUAUAUUAAAGAUUUUUGGUCAUUCUCUU